UUUGCAACUUCGAGGUCUUAUUUUGGAAGGCAUGUUUCCUGUUAGUAUCAAACGCUCCUAUUGGUUCCCUUGUUGACCAAUGACCCGCCUUCUUGGUCACGUUGUUCCGGACCAUGUGAGAAGUUGCUAGCGCUACCAGCUAGCUAAAGAAACAACAUGCUCCGCAGAGAGGUGAGGUUGAGACGGGAGUAUUUGUUCCGAAAGGCACAAGAGGACAGACUACGAACAAUUGAAGAGAAAAAACAGAAGCUCAAGGGAGCUCUCGAUGAAAACCUGGUCUUGCCAACGGAGGUACGCAAAGAGGCGUUGCAGCUGCAGAAACUCCUGGAGUACGAUGACGACGGUGCAGAAGGUGUCAGCUCGCACAUGGACGACGAGUACAAAUGGGCUGGAGUUGAAGACCCUAAAAUCAUGGUGACCACGUCCAGAAAACCCAGUUCCAGACUCAAAAUGUUUGCCAAGGAGGUGAAGCUGCUUUUCCCUGGAGCUCAGCGCAUGAACAGGGGGAACCACGAGGUCCCCGCACUUGUCCAGGCCUCCAAAGCCAACAACGUGACAGACCUGGUGAUUAUUCACGAGACCAGAGGACAGCCAGAUGCCUUGGUGGUGUGCCACCUGCCAUUUGGACCCACCGCCUACUUCACGCUGUAUAAUGUGGUCAUGAGGCACGAUGUCCCCAACAUCAACACCAUGUCCGAGGCCUACCCUCAUCUCAUUUUUCACAACUUCACAUCUCGGCUCGGCAGGCGGGUGUCCAACAUCCUCAAGUACCUUUUUCCAGUGCCCAAAGAGGACAGUCGGCGUGUCAUCACUUUUGCCAACCAGGAGGACUUCAUCUCUUUCAGACAUCACACCUACAAGAAAACAGACCACAAGAACAUUGAGCUGACAGAAGUGGGACCGAGGUUUGAAAUGAAGUUGUACAUGAUCAGACUGGGCACUCUGGAGAACGAGGACACGGCGGACGUGGAGUGGCGACACCACGCCUACACCAACACGUCCAAGAAAAGAAGGUUCCUCAGUGUUCAAUAGGCUGAUGAAUCCUGAUGGUUAUGUGCAGGAAACACAUUCUUUCAAACACGUCUGACCGCUUUCAUGCCUUCUUCAAAUAAAACAAUGUCUUCAAUUACAGUGUGCCAAAGAAAAGGACAAUCAUUGCUUUUCUUAGGUCAUGUGAAUAUAAAAAUGUCUCCUGGAUCUGAUGACUGUGACCACAUUGCUGCAUGUGCCCAGCUUAUAUUGAUAUCAGAUAUCGCUCCAAUAGCAUCGGAUGAUGUUGGCUUGGCAUGUCAAAUGUGCGAUACGAGCAGUCCUGCAGCGUGUUUACUUGUGUGUGAUAUCAUGUGCGAUGCAAGCAAUUCAUGCAGCGUGUUACUUGUGUGUGAUGUCAUGUGCGAUACGAGCAGUCCUGCAGCGUGUUUACUUGUGUGUGAUAUCAUGUGCGAUACAAGCAAUUCCUGCAGCGUGUUUACUUGUGUAUGAUAUCAUGUGCGAUACAAGCAGUCCUGCAGCGUGUUUAUUUGUGUGUGAUAUGUGCCAUACUAGCAGUCAUGCAGCGUCUUUAGUUGUGUGUGAUAUCAUGUGCGAUACGAGCAGUCCUGCAGCGUGUUUACUUCUGUGAUAUCAUGUGCAAUACAAGCAGUCCUGCAGAGUGUUUACUUGUGCGUGAUAUGUGCGAUACAAGCAAUUCAUGCAGCGUGUUACUUGUGUGUGAUGUCAUGUGCGAAACGAGUAGUUCUGCAGCGUGUUUACUUGUGUGUGAUAUCAUGUGCGAUACAAGCAAUUCCUGCAGCGUGUUUACUUGUGUAUGAUAUCAUGUGCGAUACAAGCAGUCCUGCAACAUAUUACUUCUGUGUGAUAUCAUGUGCGAUACAAGCAGUCCUGCAGAGUGUUUACUCGUGUAUGAUAUCAUGUGCGAUACGAGCAGUCCUGCAGUGUUUACUUGUGUGUGUGUGUGUGUGAUAUCAUGUGCAAUACAAGCAGUCAUGCAGUGUUUACUUGUGUAUGAUAUCAUGUGUGAUACGAGCAGUCCUGCAGCGUGUUUAGUUGUGUGUGAUAUCAUGUGCGAUACAAUCAGUCCUGCAGCGCGUUUACUUGUGUGUGAUAUCAUGUGCAAUACAAGCAGUCAUGCAGAGUCUUGUGUGUGUGAUGUCAUUUGCGAUACAAGCAGUCCUGUCGCGUGUUUUUUUUUGUAAAGCUGGACAGACAGUUAACAUCUAAAUGUCCUCCAAUAAGCACACAAUUUCUUCCAUUUUACUAAAGUCAUUUACAAAAGGUAAACAUGCUAGCUAUAUAGGCUACUAGUAGCUACACAACAGCUCAGCGCACAAGAACACACAAGUUAGACAUAGGUAAUAAUUAUUUCACAAUAAAAGGUGACAGUCAAUAUAAACAACUAUCAAAUAAUUAUAGUACAUAUUACUUACACAUAUAUAAGUCCCCAAGCCGCAAAUCUGACACCCUAAUUAGUGUUUCUAAUAAAACAAUAACACAAAAUAACAGCUAACUUUUUCUGCUAAUUUUUCAUGCGUACGCUUCCUGUUCAUGACUUGGUACUUGAUGCAUUUGAACUGUUAGCUUGCUAACAUUAACAUUUAAGUUAGGAUUGCGUAUUUCAGCAUUCGCACGCUAUUUCUCCCUAAAUUGCACU